AUGAGAACUCUACACCACGCUCCAACCACCCUCAUUUCUUGCGCCACACCCACAUCAACCUUCAGCAUUAGACCACAGUGCAUAACCCUCAUUCAACCCACCAAACCACAAGGCUUCAAUGACAACGUUAAAAGGAUUGAGAAAAUGAUGCGUUUGUCCCCAUUGAGACCAUCAUCAUCGUUGUCGGAGAAAGUUGGGAAGAGAUGGAAAGAGUACCAAGGAGUGAGCAAUUGGAACGGUUUAUUAGACCCGUUGGAUGAAAACCUUCGAGGUGAAAUUCUCCGCUAUGGGCAUUUCGUUGAAGCUGCAUACAAAUCCUUUGAAUUAGACCCUUCUUCUCCAAACUAUGCCACAUGCAAGUUCCCCAAAAGCACACUCUUUGAAAGAUGCGGUUUACCUAACACUGGUUACAAGGUAACCAAACACCUUCGUGCAACUUCAGGGAUUCAACUACCUAGUUGGGUCGACAAGGCACCAAGCUGGGUAGCAACACAAUCAAGCUACGUGGGAUAUGUAGCAGUGUGUGACAACAAGGAAGAGAUCAAACGACUAGGUCGAAGGGACGUGGUUGUCUCAUAUAGAGGAACCACCACGUGCUUGGAAUGGCUUGAGAAUCUUCGCGCCACUCUCACACAUGUACCAUGCAACAUGGAAAAUGAACUAGUGGAAGAAAAUGCAGCCAUGGUAGAAAGUGGGUUCUUGAGUCUUUACACGUCAGCACUUGGUGACAAUUCAUCGUUAAUGAGCUUGCAAGCAAUGGUGAGGGAAGAGAUUGGUCGCAUUCUUCAAACUUAUGAUGGAGAACCGUUGAGUUUGACCAUCACGGGACAUAGUUUGGGAGCGGCAUUGGCCACUCUCACGGCUUAUGACAUCAAAAACAGUUUUCUCCGGCCACCGCUCGUGACAGUGAUUUCGUUCGGUGGCCCCCGCGUAGGCAACAAAAGCUUCCGCCGGCGGCUUGAGAAACAAGGAACAAAAGUGUUGAGAAUAGUAAAUUCCGAUGAUGUUAUAACAAAGGUGCCGGGAUUUGUGUUUGAUGAUGACGUGGACAAAAUUGAAAAUGACGUGGCAAGUGAUGGGGGCUUCCACGUGGCGAAAAUUCCUAAUUGGAUUCAAAAGCGAGUGGAAGAGAUACAGUGGUCUUACUCUGAGGUUGGGGAGGAGUUACGCCUUUGUAGCAGGGAUUCUCCGUACCUCAGGGGUGUCAACAUUGCCACGUGUCAUGAUUUGAACACGUAUCUUCACCUUGUUGAUGGCUUUGUCAGCUCCACCUGUCCCUUUAGAUCCACUGCCAAGAGGUUCCUUCACCGAUGA